CGAGGGGACAUCUCAACAUGGAAAAACUCUGCAAUGAAAAUGAAGGAAAGCUGGAAAGCGAAGGAAAGCCAGAAAAUGAAGUAAAGCCUGAAAAUCAAGGAAAGUCAGAUGAGGAAGAAAAGCCAGAAGUGGAGGGGAAGUCAGAACACGAGGGAGAGCUCCAGAAUGAGGGACGGCCAGAAGACCAGGGACAACCAGAAGAUGAGAGGAAGAGAGAAAAGCAGGACAAGUCCGAAGCUGAGGGAAAGCCACACGGUGAGGGCAAGGUGGAAUCCCAGGCAAAGCCAGAGAGUCAGCCGCGGGCUGCCGAAAAGCACACCGCUGAAGACUAUGUGCCCCGGAAAGCAAAAAGAAAAACGGACAGGGGGACGGACGAUUCCCCCAAGGACUAUCAGAACAACUUACAGGAAAGGCAUCUGGGCAGUGAGGAGAUGAUGACAGAAUGUGCAGAUAUGUCAAGGGCUCAGGAAGAGCUAAGGAAAAGACAGAAAAUGGGUGACUUUCAUUGGAUGCAAAGAGAUGUACAGGAUCCAUUCACCCAAGGGGCCAACGGGGUGUCAGGGGAAUGA